AUGGUGGAUGUUACUGCAGAACAGAUCACACAAACCGAAGCAGUAGAUUUAUAUCGAAAUACACUUAAUUUCAACGUUAUCAGCCGAUACGAUCCAGCUAUCAAACAGCUCCUAUUCACAUCAUCACAUUGUGUGGUUUAUAAGUUUGGAGAAGAAGAAGAUUGGAUCAAAACAGAUUAUCAAGGAACAGUAUUAUUAUAUUUACGAGACUACAAGCUUCCUGAUGCGAACCGCGCGGAUCCAUUGAAUUAUCAAGAUUUACAGAAUUUGUUUUGUUACGGACUUAUACUACUUAACCGGACCAAGCCCGAGAAUUUCUCACUAGGAUUACUUUCUAAUAAGAUGAAUCGACACUUUUUACCUCGAGGAUUGCCUCACAUGCCUAUGUUUGAGAUGGCAGUUGAAUUGAACGAUACAAUUAUUAUUGUGAAGAAUGUAUUGGGAGAAGUCUAUGGACUUUGGGUGUAUGAUGAACAAGAUAGAAUGAAGUUGUUUAAGACUUUGGAGUACUGUUUGAAUAAUGAUGUCACUAAUAAUCAGUAG